AUGAUCUCCAGUGACUUGAAUUCACACUGGAAUCCAGCAUCUCUGCAGGGACUUAUACUCAAUGACAAUGACAGCAAGAGAAAGCUGUGCAGCUACAAAAGCAAAAUAGCCUUGACCUUAUUACUUUGCAAUGGAUUCUGGUUGGAAAAGCUCUACCAUCCAGUGGCUUUCCUGGACAAUGGAAACCACACUGCAGUGACAGAGUUUAUUUUAUUGGGAUUAACAGAUGACCCAGUCCUUAGAGUCAUCCUCUUCACCAUCAUCCUGUGCGUCUACCUGGUGACCUUGUCUGGAAAUCUCAGCACCAUCAUUCUCAUCAGAGUCUCUUCUCAGCUCCAUCACCCCAUGUACUUUUUUCUCAGCCAUUUGGCUUCUGCAGAUAUAGGCUACUCAUCUUCUGUCACACCCAAUAUGCUUGUUAACUUUUUUGUGGAGAAAAAUACCAUUACAUACCUAGGAUGUGGCAUCCAGCUUGGCUCGGGUGCUUUCUUUGGAACAGUUGAGUGCUUUGUUCUAGCUGCCAUGGCUUAUGAUCGCUUUGUAGCAAUCUGUAGCCCACUGCUUUAUCCAACCAAAAUGUCAACACAAGUCUGUGUACAGUUGCUUGUAGUAGCAUACAUAAGUGGUUUUCUUAAUGCCUCAUCAUUCACCCUGUCAUUCUUUUCUUUCUUCUUCUGUGGACCAAAUAGAAUCAAUCACUUUUUCUGUGAUUUUACUCCUUUAGUUGAACUCUCUUGUUCUGAUGACAGUGUCUCCAUUAUUCUUGCCACUAUUUCUGUUGGCACUGUCAUUCUAAUCACAGUGAUUGUUAUUGUUGUCUCCUACAUCUACAUCCUCAUCACCAUCCUGAAGAUGCGCUCCACUGAAGGCCGCCAAAAGGCCUUCUCUACCUGUACCUCCCACCUCACUGCAGUCACUCUGUUCUAUGGAACUGUCACAUUCAUAUAUGUGAUGCCCAAAUCUAACUACUCCACAGACCAGAACAAAGUGGUGUCUGUGUUCUACAUGGUGGUGAUCCCCAUGUUGAACCCUCUUAUCUACAGCCUGAGGAGUAAUGAGAUUAAGGGUGCCCUGAAGAGACAAAUUGGAAGGAAAAUAUUUUCUUAG